AUCGUGAAACCCCUAAUGUGUCGCAUAACUUUAACAGGCAUCACAUUUUCGCCACGUUGAUAUGCAGUUCCAGGUGUAAGAGGCUUGAGUUUCUUCAACUCGUUGACUGCCUUGCGGGAGCCAAUUUCGAGCCUGUACGUUAUUACAUUUGCGAAAUCUCUCUCCUGUAAAAAUGUUGAGAAAUUGAGCUUGCUCUCAGGAUAAACCCAGUGGCAGAAAAUGGCGGAUCGUUUCUUUCCCAACGAAAUGCCAGAUUUUGUUCCAGAAUCAACAAUCACCGCCAUGGAAGAAGUAGAAGGUGUUGGAGUUGGAGACCCGCUCAUGAAGCUUCUGGGCAUGCCCUACCCAGCACUCUCCGAGCGAUUCAAACGAGCUGCUCUGGACCUUAAAGAAACGGUUGUCAUAAAGACAUGGGGACUGACUGGGCAAAGAAUGCAAGACUUCACUCUUUACUGUGGUACCCUUGGGACCGCUUACUUGCUCUUCAAAGCUUAUCAAGUCUCCAGAAACACCAGCGACCUCAAUCUGUGUGCUGAGAUUGUUAAGGCGUGUGACUCUGCAUCUUUUGGUUCACGGGAUGUGACAUUUAUAUGUGGGCGAGCUGGUAUUUGUGCUCUCGGUGCGGUUGUGUCCAAACUCACUGGUGAUGAAAAGUUGCUGAAUUAUUAUAUUGCACAAUUUAAAGAGAUUAAACUGUCAAGGAAUCUCCCUGAUGAAUUGUUAUAUGGGCGAGUCGGAUACUUGUGGGCAUGUUCUUUCUUGAACAAACAUAUUGGUGAGGGAACAAUUCCUCCUCCUUACAUGGAAGCAAUUGUUAGUGAAAUUAUCAAGAAUGGUCGAAAGCUGGGUAACAAUGGAAGAUGCCCAUUGAUGUUUGAAUGGUAUGGUGAGAAGUACUGGGGUGCUGCCCAUGGACUGGCUGGUAUCAUGCAUGUUUUGAUGGACAUGGAAUUGAAGCCAGAUGUGGCUGAGGACGUCAAGGGCACUCUUAGAUACAUGAUAACGAAUCGAUUCUGCAGUGGAAAUUUCCCCACGAGUGAAGAUGAUAAAAGGGACGUUCUUGUGCAUUGGUGUCAUGGGGCUCCUGGAGUAGCACUUACACUAGUCAAAGCAGCUGAGGUUUUUGGAGAGAGAGAGUUUCUGGAAGCAGCUGUAGAUGCAGCACGGACAGUUUGGAACCGUGGAUUGCUCAAGCGAGUUGGGAUUUGCCAUGGCAUCAGCGGAAAUGCUUACGUAUUCCUUUCGCUUUACCGACUGACACGGAAUGUGGAAUUCUUAUACAGGGCUAAAGCUUUUGCAUGCUUUUUAAUUGAGAGGGCUCAUGAGCUUAUAUCAAAGGGGGAGAUGCAUGGAGGUGAUACUCCCUACUCCAUCUUUGAAGGCAUUGGAGGUAUGGCUUAUCUAUUUUUAGACAUGGUCAAUCCCAUGGAGGCUAGGUUCCCAGCUUAUGAACUCUGAGAUUAUAUGUAAUGGAAAAGGGACAUUAAAUUAUGUACAUGAAAAUGACUAGUAAAUGUUGCAGUUGCUUGAACUUUUUAUCAGUUAUCAAUUUUGUACAUAUUCAUAGAAGGGGAUUUGCGCAACUGCAUCAAAAUGUAGAGGACUUUCAUCAUUA